ACGGUGCAAGGUGGAAUUCAAGGAAUUGCAGUGUGUUACAUUAUUAUUACGUAGAUAUUUAUCUUCAUUCUUUAUUUCUUCUCGUUUCUUGCUUUGUGUUUCUCUUUUUUUUACAUAUAUGUCAGUGCGUGCAUAUGUAUCACGUUGCACAAGGAACUACAACGUUUGUCGUACUUUUGGACGAUAAACUUUAGCACGAUCUUCUGUUGUUUGUCUUUUUAAUUCAACAGAAGGAUCGAGACAUCAUUUUCUUUCACCGAUGGCAGAUCACGAUAAUAUCUACGACGACGAGUAAGUACCUUUGUGAUAGGAGCUAAUGUCAGCGAAUCCAAAUCAAAGGAAUUGGCGUGGGAUAUUGAUAGCUCUGCUUGUGAUCGUUGCUGUUCUAACUUUAAUUGUGACAUCAGUUGCAUUAUUAACACCCCCAGAUGAGGGUCCCAGAGUACGAGGUGCUAGAAUAAGACUUUCUGAGGUACUUUCUGGAGAAUUAACACCUCUUUUCUUCAAUGGAUCAUGGGUAAGCAGACAGCAUAUUUGCUAUCGAGAUGUGUGGGGUGGAAUUUCGCUAUUGCACGUUUCUUCCAAAAACAUCACUUCCUACAGUUUAAUGUCUAAUGAAACUUUUAGAACACUGAAUCCUGCCAAGUUCUCAUUGUCACCGGAUCGUAAUUAUUUGCUCCUUGCGCAUAAUGUGAAGAAACUCUUCCGAUACUCGUAUUUAGCACAAUAUACAAUUUAUGACGUAAAAACACGAGAAACUAUAGCAUUGACUCCACAUCCUGAGAAAGAAAUUCACCCUUAUCUUUUGUUGGCACAAUGGACUCCACGAGAUCAUGGUCUGGUUAUGGUUCAAGAUUAUGAUAUUUAUUAUAUAACAAGUCCUAAAAGUAAUACAGGAUAUCGUGUUACUGAUACAGCAAUACCUGGUAUUUUAUCAAAUGGUUUACCGGAUUGGCUAUAUGAAGAAGAAAUUUUGCAUCGUGCAGAAGCUAUUUGGAUGUCAUCAGAUGGCCAUAUGAUGUUAUAUGCUUCUUUCAAUGAUUCUCUUGUUGAGGAAAUGCACAUAUCUUGGUUUGGAGAAGGAAAUAAAGCAUUGUAUCCUGAUAUACGAUCCUUACGAUAUCCUAAGCCAGGAACACCAAAUCCUGUAGUGCGACUGUAUGUAGCAGACUUGGCAGAUCCAAAAAACAUUCAUACGAAGGUAGUGAAACCGCCACCUAUCAUCGAGCAUGUAGAACAUUACUUUACAACGGCUUCGUGGGUAUCUUCAACAGAAGUUUGUAUAACAUGGUUGACACGUGCACAAAAUCUUUCUGUUGUGACUAAUUGCAAGAGUCCAUUAUGGCAUUGUCAGGAAAUUCAAAGAAUAGUAGCUGAAGAUCGUGGUUGGGUAGAUACUCCUCCAGAAUCACCUAUUUUUUCAGCAAAUGGCAGUAGUUACAUUGCUAUAACUCCAGUUAAAGAUGGUCCAGCUGGGUAUUACAAACAUAUUGUUUGGGUGAAUGUUGCUCGAAGAUUAGUUGUUCCACUCACUCAUGGAAAAUUUGAAGUUGCACAAAUAGUAGCAUGGGAUGAACCUAAUAAUACUAUAUAUUUUAUAGGUAUUCCACCUAUGCAACCAGGACAAAGACAUCUUUAUUAUGUGAGUUCAUUGUUACCACAUGUGGGUUCAUCUCUACAUCCUGCUUUUUGUGUUACUUGCACGGAAAUGUCAGAUGGAUAUCGAAAGGAACAUAGAACAGCUUCAUCUAGUCAUUACAGUUCCUUGUCUGACAAUAAUUACAUACGUGAUCAUUAUGAAACACAAACAGAAAAUGUAAAAGUUGAGGGACAACCAAAAGAAAAUGUUACAAAGAAACAGAAAUCAAAAGCAUACACUGCACCAAAAUUUACUGAUCAACCUUGUCAAUAUCACAAUGCGAUUUUUUCACCGAUUGGUACUGAUUAUUUCGUUUUGGAAUGUUAUGGACCUGGUAUACCCACUGUUACUUUAUAUAAAACUGAUUUUCCAAUGCCACAUCUUAUCUAUGUCUUACAGAAUAAUACAUUAUUACGUGAACGAAUUGCCAAACUUGCACUUCCUCAAGUCAAAACAUUUCCUGUUCAAAUAAGUGGUGGAUAUAAUGCACAAGUAAAAUUGUAUUUACCGCCAGGAUUAAGAGAAGAUGAAAUCACACGAUAUCCCUUAAUCGUACAAGUAUAUGGUGCGCCAGGUUCACAAUUAGUAACAGAAAUGUUCAAGAUUGAUUGGAAUACUUAUUUAGCUAGUAGAAAAAAUAUGAUUGUUGCACAAAUUGAUGGCAGAGGUAGUGGAGGUCAAGGCUAUAAAUUUCUUCAUGAAGUUUAUUACAGACUUGGCUCUGUGGAAGUUGCCGAUCAACUUGAAGUAACUGAAUAUUUACGAGAUUCGUUACAUUUCGUGGAUAAGCAACGAGUCGCUGUUUGGGGUUGGAGUUAUGGGGGUUUCGUAGCUGCUCUUGCGCUGGCGCAUCCUGAGCAAAAUGUUUUUGAAUGUGGUAUAAGUGUAGCUCCUGUUGUUUCAUGGAAACUUCAUGAUUCUGCAUAUGCUGAAAGAUACAUGGGUUUACCAGAUGUUGUAUCAAAUUAUAAAGGAUACGCUGAAUCAGAUGUAUACGAUAAAGUGGAACAUUUACGAAAUAAAAUGUUUUAUUUAGUGCAUGGCACUGCAGAUGAUAACGUCCAAUUUCAACAAUCCAUGGCACUUGCGCGUCAUCUUGCGAAAAAAGGCAUUCUUUUUCGACAACAGGUAUAUCCAGAUGUGAGUCAUUCAUUAGCAGGAGUUAAAGGUCAUCUUUAUUUAUCAAUGGCUCAAUUUUUGGAUGAUUGUUUCCAGAAACAAGUACCUACUGAUACAAAAGCUGGUCUUAUCAGUGGUGGAUCUGUAGUCUGUAGUUGUAAAUAAUGAAAAUGAUCCACUUGUGAAGAAAUUCCAUACACAAAAGUUAUACCUGAAUCUCCAAAUUGUGUUCCGUUUAUUGAUAUCUUAGGAGAAAUAUAUUUUCGCAUUAUUUUGUAUAUUGACUAAAUAUUAUAAGAAAAUGGUAUGUUUCAAAUUGGAAAUCAA